CAGAGUUGGAGCAGCAGUGCUAUCAGAUAACAUCUCUAGGAUACUUCACAACAUCUGACUGUGAUUAAGAGAAUCCUGGAGUUCUCUGAUGGUCAGAAGCGAUUUCUCCUGUUCCUCGUGGAGUUUCAGGGAAGACUGGAGCUCGGUGAUGUUCUGGAGGUGUGUGUCGUUUCUAUGAUUUAUGUUCUGUUCACGCUGCUUUGCUCCAUAGCUAAAGUAGCCUCCAGAGUUUGCACCUUCUGUACCAGAAUGGCUUUCUCUUCUGUUAUCUUCUCUAUUAUCAGAUUAAGAAAUGCAUCCCAAUCUGUAACUCCUUUCUGCAUGUGUUCCAGCUUCUCCUCCUCUUCCUUAAUCUGUUUAUAUGUCUUCUGUCUCCUGCGUUUUUCUCUAAAUCUUCUAAAGAGCUCCAUUUUAGUGUCUCUUUCCUUACAAUGAGUAAAUUCACGAAUGAAAAACAAAAGCAUGAUCUGACUUAUAAACGCGUGUCAUACUGUGAUGUCACACCCCGACGCCCACACGCUCGGUCGAGCUGAAACGGCGAACCGACUCUCCUGAACCUCAUUGUUUUGAAUAGAAGUGACCGAACCGAACUCUUUUGAACCGAGUUACUUGAACUGAAUCUAAGGAGUCGAAUUUACCAUAAUGAAUAUUUUUGUACUGCCGGGAAAGACCCUCUGCCGGGAUGAAACAAACUGUAGACACCUGGAAUGACACAGGAAGAUGGAGACAGGACACGGCAUCAGUCUCCUCCAAGCAGCUCGUCCCCUGUGAGAACUCGGUCUCCUCUAAGCAGCUCGUCCCCUGUGAGGACUCAGUCUCCUCCAAGCCAUUUGUCCCCUGUGAGGACUCAGUUUCUUCCAAGCAGCUCGUCCCCUGUGAGGACUCGGUCUCCUCCAAGCAGCUCGUCUCCUGUGAGGACUCAGUCUCCUCCAAGCAGCUCGUCCUCUGUGAGGACUCAGUCUCCUCCAAAAAAAAAAGUCUCAUCUCACUCUUUCCUGUUCAGUAUCUCACCUCAGGACUGGGGAUAUCAAAGAUUCCUGUAGAUGAUGUGUUGUGUAUACAGUAGAACAUCAGCUGUAGGAGAACCAGGGAAUAAUUGACUAAACAAGGAUUUGAAUAUCAAGAUUUAGCAGAAAGGAGGAAGUUGUUUUUG